CCCAGUCCCCCCGUGACGGCCUCCACAGCGGCACCACCAGCACCCGGGCAAGGCCGCAACGCUGCGCGCAGACACCCCACGUCACCCCGCUACGGUGCCACUAUAUCGAUCAAGCCAGAAAAAAACGGAGUUGCUGAAGCUGUCUCUGGUGAUGUUCUAACGACUUUGGACGCCGAAUGAACAAAUUGCAGAGAUGGUCAGUUGAUCCCGCCAAUGCACGCAUGCAUGCGACCAUGUGCAAUAUAUGGGGGAAGGUAUGUUUAUCAAACCUCGGAAUGUCAAACAAAGUUACUUUUACGUCUCGGCCAGGAGGCCUUGACUUGGACUUGAUGUGCAGCUGCAUAGCCCUCGAGCGACCUUGAGAGUGAGGGUAGGAGUGGUGGUAGUAGGCACAGAAGCCACGUGGGGAACGGGCCAAAGCAAUGGGCCAGUGCAUCUUCCGCUGCCAACGGGACGCCAGCUCUUCUAGUGCGUCUGCGUGGCCAAGCAAGAGCAACGCGAGCGCCGCCGAAAAGUCUAAACGAGUGCACGGCGGCGCCAGUCCCCAACGAUCCGGCCACGCCGACUCCACGCUGGACACGUGCGAGCAGCGCACGGGCGGGGCGCACCUAUCCAAACCGGGCAGCGGAGACCUGUCCACCACCAUGCUGCUGUCGCAGGACGAGCGCUCACCCCGGAACUCGGGGCCCGGCCUGCACGAGUCGGAGUUCUCGCUGGCUCGCGCUCAUGCCCUCUUCAACAAGUACAAGGACGAGAGGGAGGACGCCAUCCUUGCCGAGGGCAUGGAGGAGUUCUGCCAGGACCUCUCUGUGGACCCCACCGAGUUCAUCGUGCUCGUCAUGGCCUGGAAGUUCAAAGCGGCGACGAUGUGCAGGUUCACCAGGUCCGAGUUUGUGGCUGGCUGCAUAGCCCUGCAGGCCGACACGGCCAAGGCCAUCCAGGCGCGCUUCCCCGAGCUGAUGGAGGAGGUGCGCGUCGAAGAGCGCUUCAAGGACCUUUACCGCUUCACCUUCCAGUUCGGCCUGGACGCCGACGAGGGGCAGCGCUCGCUGCCGCGCGACAUGGCGCUGGCGCUGUGGCGCCUGGUGUUCGAGCACCGGCGGCCGCCCGUGCUCGACCGCUGGCUGAGCUUCCUGGAGGAGAACCCGUCCAGCGUGCGCGGCGUGUCGCGAGACACCUGGAACAUGUUCCUGAACUUUGCGCAGACGGUGGGGCCCGACCUGAGCCACUACAGCGAAGACGAGGCGUGGCCUAGCCUCUUCGACGCGUUUGUGGAGUGGGAGACGGAGCAGCGAGCCAGGAUGCAGGACGUCACGCAGUCGUGGACAAAGCCGGACUGGGAGGGGUAGCGCAUGCGUUUUCCUUGCUCUUUGUGAUGGAAGUCACGAUUGAAAUGUGCAGUACUUUGAUUUCGUUUAUUUUUUAUGUGCACAAAAGUAUUAUUUGAACAUUUGAUGCAGUAUAAAUUGAGCAUUUACCAUUUCUUGUGCGAUUUUGCAGAGGAGAGCGGUUUCCUUAUCGGGACGAGUCGCGUGCGGUGUAAAUGUUCAGAGUGGACCCAGUUUAUCGCCGACGUGUGUUGCCCGAGUCUUAUUGAUUGCGGAUGAUGCAUACGCACGUUUUUGAUAAUGCUGCCUGAAACAUUUUUCAAAUGGAUUUUUCAUAGCAACUAAUAGUCACGUAGCCAAAAGUUCAGGGAAGUGCACAAAAGGGAAUGGCAAAGCUUAUACUGUACCCUGCACACUCAUAUACCAAAUGAAUUAAGCCAUCUGACACACUGGUCGAAGACUCGAGCUUGCGUACAUUCAAACUAGACCAUUGUCUUUUUUUUUAAAGAUAUACAGCAGAACUCCAAUAAUCGUGAUCCAUUUUCUUGGUUCUUUCGGUAAAGUCACGUAGA